ACACCUCUCUUGGCAUUCGUCCGCCAACCUCCUCUCUCCUUCUGGCCCUCCCGGCUUAGACAUCCCCACCACCUUCCCAGCAGCAUAACACAGGGCCGCCAGCUUACAUACGCAUUGCUCUCUCGGGUCCAGUAGUAGUAGUCCAGAGUUGCAUAGCCCCCAUAGCGUAUCCCCCAAAAAAGCCAAAGUGUGCUGCAAGAGAGAGUAACGCGUGCAGUGUUCGGCCGACGCUUGAUUACGAGAGUACUACACAAGAGCAUAGACAUCAUUCGCCUCUGGUUCGUCAGACUUUGCAGUCGUGUGUCCGUCGUCCCAAUUCAUCCGACUUGUAUUUCAACUUGAACCCGAGACGACCGGCGACCAAUACAGCGACGUCGGUUUUGCUGUUGUUUCUGUUUUUCUUGGCGGGCUUUUACUAUUACAGUGCGUGUUACAUCAUUCGAUCGGCACUUGAACCGAUCGCCAACUUUUUUUUUUUUUGGUUUUUUUUUAAUUCAAUUUCGAAAGUGAUCGCGCCAAUUUCUAAAGUGAUGAUCUCGGUGUCGUUUCAUCCGAUUGAUUGAAAAGACAUUUCAGUGUUUUAGGCGAAAGCGUCGGUAAUUCCGCGUUGAAUAAACAACGAGAAAUUCAAACCUUGCCCUUUGUUUUUUAACUCCCGACAACUACUACUCCCCCGCAAUGAGUUCCUAUCAGUUUGUCAAUUCACUAGCGUCGUCGUGUUACGUGGGUCGAGGAUCGACCGUCGGUGCCGGCGGACCCGAUCUGUCUGGCAUGUCGGCGGCCGACUAUUACGCCACUGCCAUGAGCAAUUACCAAAAUUGCUAUGGCGGUGGUCCGGUAGGAGUCGGGCAGCCUCAGCAACAACCGCAUUACGCUGAUUUCGGGGCCAAUCACUUGGUCGGCCAACACCAGCAACAACAGCAGCAGCAGCAGCAACAGCAACAGCAGCAACAGAGUCAGCAUCCGCAACACACCAUGCCCAUGUCGCCAAUGUCAAUCGGCGGAGGUGUCGACUUUACCAUGUCACAGGCGCUGCACGUUGCCCAACAGCCGAUGCAGCAACAGCAACAACAACAGCAAAACAGAUUGCAGCAACAGUCGGCUCUCCAGCAACAGCAGCAGCAAAUGCGCGGCCCGUCUGCCCAGCGCCUCCAUUCCGUCGCCAGUCCCGUCAAUUUAGGCGGGGCCGUCGCGACGCCGAGCAGCUGUAAAUACGCCGGAGUGCCGGACACGAAAUGUCUGGGAUCUCCACAAGAUCUGAGCCUAACGACAACGACGUCGUCCUCUUCAUCAUCCAACGCCCUUUCUCAUUUGAAUGCGGCCGUUCAAAACGGUUUGGGCGGCGGUGGGCCGCCGCUGGCUCCGUCAAACGCAUCCGUUCCCGUCGCAUCCUCCUCAUCUUCGUCCACGUCCGUCACGCAGCCCUCGUCCAAACAUCACAACAACCACCACCACAAUAAUCACCAACACGACGGUUCAUCGGGCAAAUCCAAGCAGAGUCAGCAGCGCAACAGCCACCACCACCACCACAGCAAGACGGUCGUGGCGGCUGGAGCGUCGUCGCCGUCGUCCGUUUCAUCCGUCUCGUCGGGAGACAGCGAUCCGCACAGCCCCGGCCAGCACGACGGCGACUCUAAAAAUCCAAACGCUCCGCAAAUCUAUCCCUGGAUGAAACGCGUCCAUCUCGGUCAAAACGCAGUCAACGCUAAUGGAGAAACUAAGCGCCAGAGGACGUCGUACACGCGCUACCAGACACUGGAACUGGAGAAAGAAUUCCACUUUAAUCGCUACCUGACCCGAAGGAGACGGAUCGAGAUCGCUCACAGCCUCUGCCUGUCUGAGCGGCAAAUUAAAAUUUGGUUCCAAAACCGGCGCAUGAAAUGGAAAAAGGAGCACAAGAUUGCCACUAUGAAUAUGAUGCACCAGCACCCCAUGAUGUACCACGCUCACCAUCACCAUCAUCAUUUAACGAUGGCCGACUUGACUGGUGAUCACAAGAUAUAGCUAGCGCAGGACGUUGGGUUCUACCCUACUAGUACACCUGUAGGACCCGGCGACUACAAUUACCACCAAUACGGAUCGUCACCAGCCUCCACCCAAUAACGGAUGGAAAGCCCAGCACAGACAGAUCAUUAGGAGAAGAAAGAUGGAUAGAAAAUGGUCGACAUUGUGUCGAGGCGCUAAACACUCUCUAAGUACUCUAAAAAAAAUCUUUGUGUUGCUAUAAAAACAUUUUUUGCAUGUGACUUUGAUUGUACAAAAUUCUAAACAACAACAAACAACAAGACAAACAACACAAUCGACAAGACGAAGAAGAACACUCUCCCGCAAGGAUUGUUUCCUUCAUCCAUAAGAAUUCAAUGAAAUCUUCGAUCGAGAACAAAAACUGGCGGCCGCAAACAAGUGAGAAAUGAAAAAUGAAAAAAAGGCCCCACCCGAUGUUCCAGUGUGACUUUGUGUGUGCGGUACGAUAUUAUACAUAUUCUAAAAACCUCUUUCCCGUUGUUCCUCAUCGUCGUCGUACUCUAUACUCCUCCUCCUCCUCUCUUCAUCUGCCUGUGUAAAAAUAAUACCGGUAUAUGUGCAAGUGUUUCAUGCGCUGCGUGUGCCCAUUGCAAACAAUUUUCUGCCACCUCCUCCCCUUUUUUCCAUAAUUUAUUAUUAUUAUGCCAUGUGGAUGAGUGUGUAUAGAGAGCCAUCAAUAUUCAUUCGACCCAAAAAAAAAAGAGAAAUUUCGGUGGACCGCUGAAGCUGGAUUUUGUAAAAAAAAAUAAAAAUAAUGUGACGCUUUCCGAUUCAUAAUUGGAUCACUUAACGGUCGUACCUAAGAUCGUUAAUAAUCCACGGGAAAAUAAAAUGGGAAAACAAAGCAAAAACGAGAAAAAUGUAUUACAGCUGCGCAAAAACAUGACGGCUCACGUUCUCCCUCACCCUUGCGCGUCUGUUUUCGACUCAUCUUUAUGACUGUCUCCUUUUUCUCUUUCUCUCUCUCUCUCGCUACUUAUUGUUCUUGUAUUGCACACACUUGCGACAGACACACACAAACAGAUAGGGACGGCCAGCUUUCAUCUCGUCUUCGAUUAUACAUAGAGUACAUACACCCACGUACACUCACAAACACAAACACAAACACACACACACACGUACACACUGGCUGUGUUGAACUGAACUUCUUGACGAUGUGCCGACUUGUUUCUCUUUUUGUCCACUUUGCGUUUCUCUCCAGUUUGCAAAUUCGAAAGUGUCGUCUCUUUGUUUUCCCCCCCUCUCAAUGUCAUCAUCGUGUUCUGCUUUGAGUUGCCCUUCGUUUGAUUGCCAAUCGUGUGUGUUGACUUUCGUUGUACGCCGUAUUACCAUUAUUACUAUUAAAUAGUUGUUUGAAAUGUGUUUGUUUUUUUUUGCCGGUUUUUCAGUCCAUGAUUUUCGACGACCCUAAAAGUCGCAAGCAAAAUCAUCCUAUAUAAAUGCAAAAUUCUUUCUAUUAUUUUGGUUUUUCACUCCUUGACUCCUUCCCCGCUAUUUUGGGUGUGUCCUUUUUUGUUUUACUCUUUUUUCCAUCCCCCGAAAAAAAAAAUAUUAUUCAAUAUUAUGUGUGUGUGUAUGUAUUCAUUUUGAGCGUUGUUUUAUUGCCCCAUAAUAAUUAAUUAUAAUAAUAAUAACAAUUCCGAGUAUCGUGCAAGA